AUGUCACUUCUAAUGCGGCCCCCUCCGCUGCACGUGGCAGUCUGGGAGGGUGAUAUUGAGCUUGUACGUAAUCUUCUGGACGAUGUUUGUCCCGUGAGUGAACAGUCGGUAGACUCCAGUAAAGCCGAGGCUCUAAAAAACCUUCUAGAACUUAAAGACGUUCGCGGAAAUUCAGCGCUUCACUUGGCAGUUCGCAUCGUGCAACCCCAUCAACAGGCAAUUGUGAAGUUGCUUUUAGAGCGCGAUGCAAGUGUUGCAUCGCGAAACAUUGACGGUUGGAGCUGUGCACACGAUGCUGCCCUGUGCGAUGACGAAUUUAUGCUGGCACAGGUUUAUUUACAAGGCGAAAAACAGGUAAUUAAGGCGCUGGAGGCGACACAAGAAACGUCUAUGCAGGCGCUUGAAAAGUUGCCUGACUUUGAAGCAGAAAUUUUUAUUGAAGCUCAUUCGUGGGUACCCAUUGUGUCUAGUGUCCUUCCCUCAGAUACGAUCAAAAUAUGGAAACGAGGGUCGCAACUUAGAAUUGAUUCGACGCUGAAAGGGCUUGAUGGGAUAAAAUGGAAAAAAGGCCAACUCAGUCAGAUAUAUUUAGGGCGACAUGGUGGAGACAGGGCGGGCCAUGUAAUAGUGAUGGAUCAUCACAACAAGGUUUUCUAUGACGUUUUUCAAGCUAUGCACAACUCGUCCGUCGGAAAUAUGGACAUGGCUUUGCACGUGAUGUUGACGACAGCCAUGUCUUCAUCAAAAAUGGAUGUAGCUCACCUCGAAUUUGUAAAGCAGAAGGAGGUGAAGGCAGGAGAAAAUAUUGACGAAAGCAAAAAAAAAAGUCGUAGUAAACUAAGAAAUUGUCCGUGGCCUGGAACGACCUAUAAAAUGCAAAACGUCUCGAUGGAAGCGCAAUUUAGGCCGGCUGUAAGCUUAAAUCGCAAAAUGAAACGAUUUUCUUCUGAGAAAGACACGCCGUUUGAUGAGGUGCAACAGCUCGUUCAACAUCUCUAUUCGUCUGUGCCUUACGCCAAGGAGAAUAAGGGGUCAAAAUCACAGCAGAAAGAUUGCAGUAGCUGUAGCAGCGACGGCAGCGCUAGCGAUGACAUUGCUGGAAACACAAUCCAGCUUAAAAAGGGGCGUAAGGUUGAGAUGCAUUUGGAUGUGAUAGCUGGUGACUCGAUUCGAUGGGAAUUCACGGGAAAGAGCAGUGACUUCUGCUUUUCAGCAACGUACUUCCACGAAGACCAGCUCGAGACAAUAUGUCGCAGUGACGGCGUCAAAAACGCAACGAUUGUGGGGGCUUUUGAAGUCGAGCAUACUGGCAGUUUUGUUCUUAGGUGGAAAAACACGCAAAAAGGUUUUAAAUUUGACAGGAGCGGGAUUGAGAUCACGUACGAUGUUGUACACACUCGGCCGGCUGACUUAGAUCCGUCCGUCAAUGCUGUUUCCACCUCUACAUCAACCUCAUUGGAGGUAAAGGAAGAUAAAGAUGAAUCCAACAGUAGGUCCCACAGCGCCACUAAGCUUUCUGAUGAACAGAAAUGUGAUUUUUUUCGGCAGCAUAAUCAUUCUCCAAACCCGUCAACUGUCACAACAUCAUUCGUAGAGUACUUCAUGCUAGAUGCUCAAGAGCCAGAAGACUCUAGGCAGGAUGGUGCAAAGAACAAGAGGACAUUAAUGUCUAAACUAUUUGAGGACAAGACGCAGCAACAGCAGACUGCAAUAGACUCACUGCCGAAAACGAGCGAAGUAGUCAAAGCUUUUGGUAUGAAAAACACGUUUCGAAGUCUGACUUUAGUACCUGCUGCGCGUCGAGUUCGUAAAAAGUUUGAAGCCAAGGUUGUCAUGUCGGAAAGCUUUCCUAUUCAGCCCCGAGAUUUUUUUCCAGUGAUUGAGCUUCUUUCUACUACAGGAGAACACAUGAAAAAUCUGGAGGAAUUCUUCCGAGUCAAACUUCCCCCAGGAUUUCCUGUCAAAUUUGAACUUCCGAUGAUGUUCACCAUACGUGUUGCAUACACGUUUAACAAAAUCACGCUAAGUUCCAACAUAGAUCCCGAAAUAUUUAAGAUUCCAAGCAAUUAUCAAGAGGUGUUUACGUUGGACGAAAUGAUGUCCGGCUCUACAUCGAUAUUGUCCCAAGCCGUCUAUUAUGUUGGGCGGCAAGCUAAACCAGUUACCACGAUGGAGACGUGUUUAUAUAUUUGUUUGAUAGCCCCAUUUGCAAGUCAUGAGGCUGCGCACAUUUUGAGUCCACGUCUUCUUCUUUCUCAAUAG